UACGCCAACAAAUAUAUUCUUAUUUAUAAUGCGAUUUUACUUCUAUCGAUUACCUACAAAAUUUAAAUGUUUUUCUCAUUAUGUGUUGUAUAAUAUUAUAUAUACAUAUGCAUAUAUACAUAUAAUGCAUAUAUUCUUACAUAUAUGGGAAUAAUAUUUAUACGAAAAUCAAAUGGAGAUAGUAGCACAUAUUAACGCAAUCACGUUUUUAUCAACGUAAUGCGUCAUUAUUACUAUAAGUAUCUGGGAUCUCGUUUUGUGAACAAGGAGUAUCUUAUGCUAACAAAAUAUAGCUUUCACGACAAUAAGUGUUAUUCAGUCAAAACGAUCUGGAAUAUAAAAACAAACAUUAAUAAGCAUUUUUAAACCAAAAUAUAACGUAUGCAUUUUCUGGAUGCGAGAUUCUUUUGAUGUUAAAAAUUAGUUGGCUAAUGAUUGGCUAAUUAUUUAAUAAAUUAAUUUAAUAAUUAUUUAACACUUUUUAAGAUGUUAUUUAGAUCUACUCUUGGAAUCUUACAAAAUGCAGAUUUCUGCCGUUAUAAAAUGUAUGUGCUGGAAAUGGUAUGUAAUAUGCCGCGUUACGAUUCGAGGUAAACAAGAAAUUAGUUUUAACAUGUUGAGAAAUCACGUUGUCUUGUGAACCAAAACGUCAUUUCUCAACAUGUUAAAACGUGAGUAAUUUCUUAUUCUUAAUUUUUUUCAUAUUUAAUUUUCCUUGUUUAUUCCUUACAAUUCCUUAUGUUUAAUUCUUUAUUGCUCGGUUUUACUUUUCUAUUGUAUCACGUGCUUGAGUUUUAUUUUUUUAUUGUAUUUCGUGCGAAGCUGAUUUGUAUAAUUCACGCCAAUGAUUAUAAUGCGCUGAAUCAAUCACUUUACGUUUGAAUUUUCAAUCGUAGCUUAUGUCUGUUUUAUAAGUGUAAAUAAACACGCAAUAUUAAUUGGUUAUUCCUAUUAUAUUGUUCAAUGUACGAUAAUAAAUUUUAUUCGAAAAAAUUUAUUUGGAAAAUGCAACGAUUUAAUUAUACUAUUCGUUUUAGGUUUUUCGGAAUUCUUGAUUGCAAAUAUCAAAAUAAUAUUAAUCGAAAGAAUUGAAGAAGUAUCGCGAUAAGUAAAAAAAAGUUUCUACUGUAAAUUAAAAAUUAUUUAAUCACAGCGCGGUAUUUCUGAAGCGCUAAGGUUGGCAGUAAAGGAUCGUUAAUAUCGAUGUGAACUUAUAGCGACUAGUACGAGAACGCGGAGCGUGAGGCGUUACUUUGUCCGAAAUUUGUAUCCGAGAUUUUCGCUCGAAUUACGAUGCGUCCGCGGUUUCGGCAACUUCUAUCUUGGCCCAAGAACGCGGAAUGCGCUUUCAACAUCGGGAACCGAAAGCGUUGAGGAUAAUUUCAAUCAAUUUUGGUUAAUUCUAUAUAGGCUCUUAAUCAGCGACUAACUCGUCAUAUGACGCUACAUCGUUAAUAUGAAUAGAGUCAUUAAUUUUUUCUUGUCUAUACAUAUGAAAAAGGAGACAACAAAAUUAUAUAUAGUCAGAAUAUUUGUCACAGGUAGUUUUACUAUAAUUGUAUUAUAACUUCGUUAACGUAGACAGAAUUAUUAAUUCGUUGUUACUCGACAUGUGAAAAAAGAAAUUAGAUCAGAAACAGCGAAGUUUGUAGAAAGAUACUUUGCAUGCCAUGAGCAAUAUUCUGUCGGUCGAAUUAAUCGACGAUCAACAUGUUAUUACAGCCAGAAUUUUAAUUUUCUGUUGUUCGACAUGAAAAUAAGAAUAGAACAAUAUAGCUUUAAAUGCUCUAAUUUUAUCAGUUGUGGCCGUUCUAGACUGGAGGAUGAUUCUACUCGCGGCUCAUCCUAUAUAAAACAAAAAAUCAAGCACGACGUACCACUUUGUCGGGUUUAAAUUGUUGUCAUUGACGUCUUCGAUGGUGACGUCACAUCGAUAGAUUUUGAAUCGCCGCGCCGCCGCCGCCGGUUGAAUCGCGCGCGGAGUGCGUCUCGCGAAAUGGCGCUCGAGCCGUUCUGCGCGUGCGCGUUACUAAAAGCUAAAAGUCCGAAAGUGAAUCUCGCGCGCGAAGGACUGCCGCAUGCCGGCGCGGCUGUGUGUCGCGAGGAUGUUCGCCGUACGUGUCCGUCGUGGACUCCGACAUAGAUAUCGUGUACUGCGUGUCUCGGCAACGGUGAUCCGUUUUCGCGUGUGGAAAAUCAAUCGUCCUCGCGCAUCCCGAGGUUGGUGUUUCGUCGAGUUACAGCGAGCGAGGGUGACGCCGGCGUCGCCGGCCGCCGGCAACGACGGGUGUGCGGAUCAUCGUCGAUCACUGCAGGUACGCGCAUGUUGCAAUUCUGAUAUCAAAUGAAAAAACGCAUUAAAAUUUGCACGUUCGAGAAAUACGUGCUGCGCGCGGCCGAGAGAGUGUUAGGAUUAGUGUUUAGGAUUAAACAUAUAUAAUUCCGAAUUUUAUGGAAGUUGCCAGGGGCCAAAGUCACGGCGGUGAACGAGCGUAAUGUAGAUCUUUUAUUUAAUAUACAUUUUACGAUUUAUACGUUAUCGAUCUUCGUAAUCGUUUAUACGAUUUAUGCGAAUAGCAUUCUGCUCUUUGAUCAUUUCCGGGUCUCUGGGAGAUCCGUUUCAUAAUCGCGAAAAUUUAUACUUGAAUUUAUUAAUAUCUCGUCGGAUGGCGUGAAGGUGAAGUAGCUGUAUGCUCUUUAUCGCAAUGUUAUCGGACGAGUUUCUCCCGGUAUCGGGAGGUAAAGAAACUUCGUUCGGCGCUGUAUGCCUCCGGCCUCUGCGGGAACCGCGGGUAUCUCGUCGUCGUCAGGUCGGGAAACGUAAGAACAGAAAUGUCAAUGGUGAGUGGUGGAUAACCUCAAUUCCGAGAUUUUUUAAGCGCAACAACAAUAUCCGAGCGCGCGGAUACGAUGUUUCGCGCGCGUUAUCUCGCGAACGUUACCUCGCGUGCCGUUGCCGUCAGAAGAAACGGCGCGCGAUUCAUAAGCUUUCUGAAAAUGAAGGAGACGGUUCAGCGAGUGUUGGGCAUGAACUCCAACGUACCGUACGCACACGUUUGCCAAGUUGGUGAUCCUGUCCUGCGCGCUCGCGCCAUGAAGAUAGAACCGGAAGUUGUGAGGAUGGCAGACUUUCAACAGGUAAUUACUCGUUUGAUGAACGUUAUGCGGACAUACAACAUGUACAGUCUGUCUGGGCCACAAAUCGGACUCCCGUGGCAAAUAUUCGCCAUCGAUUGCACGGAGAAGAGCAUGAGGGGGAUCGAGGAGUCUGUUAGGAAGGCUCAGGAAAUGAGUGUCGUCCCGAUGACGAUUUUUAUCAACCCCGAAUUAAAAGUCAUAGACUAUACACCUAUCACUUUUUACGAGAAGUGCGAGAGCAUUCGGGGAUACACCGCUGCUGUGCCGAGAGCCUACGAGGUGGAAAUCACGGCAUUGAACGCUUCCGCUGAGCCGUUCACGUGGCGAGCACGUGGGUGGUCGGCUAGAAUAGCGCAACACGAAUACGACCACUUGCAAGGAAGUCUGUACAUAGAGAAAAUGGAUGUAAAAACAUUUCAUUUCACGGCUUGGGAAAAAAUUAAUAAACACAAAGGCAAAGUGCGCUUGAGUUAUUGGCCGAGACAGUGGUGGUUAUAAUAUCUGCGAUACGAAUUAAUAAUAUUUAUAUUGACUGAAAUAAAUGUAUUAUACGGUUUUCACAUUAAAA